GUUCUUUUUAACUGGAUCCAGAAGAUAUAGAGCAGAGAGAACGUUAUGUACCGACAAUAAAGGGUCACGCCAGAGCGCGGCGCGUAUGGAGGAGCCGCAGCUUAUGUUACAUAGGGGUCUGGAAUUAAUUAGGAAGUAUGCCAGCGCCGUACGUAUCCAGCUACAGGACCGCUCCGCAACUUGUCAGCGACUAACACAACCAUUAACACGUGGACUGCAGCAAAUGAAGACGCCACAAACAUAUGCAAAACUACAACUCCCAGCAUGUAGUUCUUUCCAGCCUGACCAUAGUGCUCUCUAAUAACACCUCUGUCUGUGGCAAAAACUGUCCGGAGCAGGAGAGGUUUGCUAUGGGGAUUUGUUCCUCCUUUGGACAGUUCCUGACAUGGACAGAGGUGGCAGCAGAGAGCACUGUGGUUAGACUGGUAAGGACUACACAACUUCCUGUGGAGCAUACAGCAGCUGAUAAGUACUGGAAGUGGUGACCGGUGUUGCACUAAUCUGUCUUGGCGCCUCUGUGCAGAUGAAGUUGUCGGAUAUCUCCGUUGUUGUCACCGAGACCACAUCCGGGACCCCCAUGGUGUUAACUAUUGUGGGAAUGGUCAUCUUCUUCCUGUCUGGUUUUGGAGCGGUCGCUGCCAUCAAGGAAAGCAACAUCCUGAUAAAAAGUUUCACAGUGAUUAUGUUCCUAGUUUUCGUCAUAGAGAUCAUAGUCGGGAUGUCGGCGUACUACAACAGAGAAAAGCUUCACCUUAUAGUGCUGAGCAGAUUUCUGAAGAUGCUGAACAAGUAUGGGACCGAGCAGCCAAUCACCCGGGGGGUGGACUGGGUGCAGCAGGAGUUCCAGUGCUGUGGAGCAAAGAAUUUUACAGACUGGUUUAACAUCUCCUCCGGGAUUGUGCAGAACUCUGUCCCCGACAGCUGCUGCAGGAUCGUCCAGAGGAAAUGUGGGGAGGACGCCCUGGAGAACAGCGAGAAACUCUACCAGGAGGGCUGCGUGCUGAGGAUGAGGACGUGGAUCUCUGAACACUUUGAAGUCAUUGGCGCGGUGGGGAUCGGUCUGGGGUUCACACAGAUACUCGGGAUUCUGUUCUCCUGUUUACUCGUGAAGAUCUUGCAGCAGAACUAUGUGUCUAUUUGACCAGAGAGAAGGAAACCAUUAAUAUCACUUGUGUCCUGUAAAUAUUUCGUGUGGAGGUCGAGGGUCCCCCCUGUACCCUGCGGGGGUCUCAUAUCUCCAAUUCUUGGUUAA